UUGUCAAAAUGAAAUAAGAUUCUACGCUGCUUCUCAACUAAAAUAGUUAGAAACAUUUAAUUAACGCUUUAAAUAUGAGUGAAACUGAUUCGAAAUUGUGUAAAAUUUGUCUGAACAGCAAGACACAGACUGGGUUGUUUGAUAACCCGCCACUGAAUAAGUUUUUUAGUCAUGUUUUGGGAAUGCAAGAACCUCCUAUAAGAACUUGGCUCUGUGGAUGGUGCGGUUCCACGUUAAAGAAGAUUAUGAGGCUUGUGCAACUUGCUGAGGAGUCCCAUGCCUACCUGUCUCAGGUCAAACUGAAUAAGGAAGAACAGAGAACAUGCCAUUAUGCUCUCUCUUUCCACCACAACGAACAUACAGACAUUCCUCCUUCACCAACAAAAGACACAAGAAAAACUAAACUAAAAACAAAACUUAAAAUUAAAAACAAACAAAAAGAUUUAAAAGAAACUGAACAUGUACAAGUGGAUAAUUUAGAUAAUGAAUAUAAAAUCGAAGAAAUAAAAGUAGAAUCAUUUGAUAUAGACGUAGCAGAUAAUAAUAUUGAAAAUGAUGAUGAAUUUAAUGAUUUUGAAAAACAAACAGAUGAAACAGUUGAAAAAGAUGUAUUAGACAGACCUAAAAGGAAAGUGAAUCCUAAAUUAUAUGAAAAAUGUGAACAGUAUAAUUUUACAUUGAAAGUGUUAAGCGUAGAAGAGCAGAGAGCGGAAUUGGAUGAGAAGAAGAAAUCAGAGAAGUAUUUGAGCAGAAAGUACAAGUGUGAUUUUUGUGGCAUCAGUUUUGUGACUAAAGAUGUUUUUGAAGAACACAACCAGAGGCAUCUGGAGUCCCACAGUCCACACGAGUGCCCGUUAUGCCGUCUCCGGUUCAGCACAGCUUUGGUUCUCUCCCAGCACGUGUUGGCACAUGCGCGUCGCUUCACCUGCCGUCUGUGCGGCGCCGUCGUUACACGGUAUAGCGAUUGCGAGAGCCACCGGCGCAAGUGCGGGCAGGCGUGCCCUGGCGUGUGUUCGCUCUGCGGGAAAAUAUUCGCAAACCAGAAUUCGCUGGACAACCAUGUGAGGGGCGUGCACUACAGGAAAGAAAAAAAGUUUGUGUGUUCGUAUUGCAAUCAGAAGUUUCAGACGAAGCAGCGACUCGCCAUACAUACCAGGACUCACACAGGUGUAAAACCAUACACCUGCGAGCUAUGCGAACGCUCCUUCGCUUCGAACUCUAAUCUACGUUACCACCUAGCGGCGCACGCACAAGCCCGUCCGCAUUACUGCGUCGAAUGCGACAAAUCUUAUAAAACAAGGAAAGGACUAAGGCGACAUCUGUUGGAAGGCGCUUCACAUGUAGGAAAGAAAACUCACUCAUGUCACCAUUGCCUGAAAAGUUUCACUUCAGAGAAACUACUGGCGUCUCACAUCAGCUCCGUGCAUACGAGGGAACCUGACUCCUGUAGUCUUUGCCAGAAGACAUUCUUGACUUCUUCUAGUUUGAAGAAGCACAUCCGAAGUGUACACGAACCUGCAGUCUAACCAAGAGGGCUGCCAACUUUUGGAAAUAGCCAUCCGGGGUUAGACAAGUAGACAAGUCAAGUACAGUCACCACACGGGAAUGUUGAGCCACUUACCACUGUUCGCAACUUGGUCGAAUAAUCCAAGUCGGGGUCCGAACUCUUACCAGUCUCGUAUCACGACUUCGGCCGAACUCUGCUGACCAAUGGGGCGGUCGUUGCUACAGUUACGUAAAACCAAAUACGGUUAGCCAAUGACCGCCCGUGUUUUCUUCGGAAGGUGGCGUUACUAUGGUUACGUAAUAACAAAAAUAUUUAACCAAUGAUUGAUAGCGAUUUUUCCGGAAGCUGACGUUACUAUGGUUACAUUACAACAUCCGCUUUAGUCCUAGAAACGUCUAUUUGACUGCUAAGCUGCUAUGUAGAAAUUUUCGUUCACUUUCCUUUUAACGGCAGCCAUUUCCAUAUAAUUCAUAAACUGAAACUCAUGUAGAUAACAGCUGUCAAAAGGAAAGUGAAUGAAAAAUAUAAUUAUAAAUAAGCAGAAGUUCAUUAUUUUACGAAUAUUUUAUUGUGUUCUUUUUAUUGGAAUUUAAAACAUUUCUUUGUAAUGUUGUCUAAUACCCUCAUUACUGUCUCGUAAAGAUCUAUGUCAAAAUAUUUAUUAUUAUUUAAAAAAUAUUUACGUUUAACUCUACUAUUUAAAAUGUAAAAAACAUAAAAAAUAGACCAAAAUCUGUUUAUUCGUAUUAAAGCAAAGAGAUAUCUAAAAACUAAUAACUUGUAUAUGACCCAUCGUUAUCAAUGACAGCUUGGAGACGCGAAGGCAUGGACUCCACAAAUCGAGUGCAAUAAUCAGUUCCUCGCAAGUCUUCCCAAACUUCUUGGCAAUGAUUUUCCACAGCUUGUCUUGAUCGUUCAUUUCGAUUUUCCCAUCUUUGGACCAUUAAACCCCAUAGAUUCUCUAUGGGGUUUAGAUCCGCAGACUUAGCAGGCCACGGUAUGACCGUUAUUUCCUGUCGACGUUGAUGGAGCCAGUCUUUUACAAUCCUGGCCCUGUGUAUCGUGCAGUUGUCGUGCACAAAAUGAAAAUGUGGCAAUUCUUCCCGUGGAUAAAAUGCCCUUACGGUGGGAAGCAUGCUUUCCUGUAACACGCUGAGAUAACAUUGAGCGUUGGUCCUGGGAGGUAAAGGAACCAGCUCACCUACACCGUCCGAACUCAUCCACCCCCACAAAUUUGCACUGAUGCGACCCGACUCCCUGUUUGGUAUAACAUGGUCUUCCGCAUAUCGCGUAUUGUCAUAACGCCAGAGAUGUAAACGACCGUGGUCACUUGAAUUAAACGACUUCUCAUCGGAAAAUAUUGUCGAACCCCAAUCAAAAUUUCGGUACUGUUGAGCAAAAUUGACUCGAGCGAUUUUGUGAUCUUCCGUCAAAGCAAUUUUGUAUGCGGGACGUCUAUGGUGAAGAUCCAUAGAAUGCAAAUGCUUUCGGAUGGUAUUGGGGUGGCAAUUGAAGCGGUCUGCGAAAUAGUUGGUAGAUAUAAACCCAUUUUCCAUGUAGCUCUCUCGCAUUUCAUUGCGUUGUUCCAUUGAUAGUAUCGAGACACCAUGAUUGCCUUGACGGUGAUCAUUUAUAUCUCCUUCUGCGGCAUACCUAUUUACCCACAAACUGACAGUAUUUCGCUAGAAAGGAAUGAAUAGGUUAGAUAUUUUCUUAAUAAAAUCAAUGUGUUUGGAAAUUAUUAUUUUGUAGAACCUUAUACCUGCACAUUUAACGCGUUUGCUAUUGCACGCAUGCUUAACCCUUGCUGGUGCAAAAAUAUAAUUUCAUGUCUAGUUUCGUCGUUUAUUGCCGGUGGCAUAUUUGAUUUUUUUACUAGAUUCAGAUAGCUACUUUUCCGCAAUUAAUGUUACAGCGAAAAAAAAAUUUACAAUACUCAUUGUCAGAUAUUUUUUCAAAGUUAGAAUUUGAGUCAGAAACUAUCAAGUCUCUAUUAAACAUUUCUAUAGCUACUGACAGAUUAUAGGAUUAUAUGUAGACCAAAGAAUAUAAUACUCACUAGGAGAAGAACGAUAACUCCAUACAAAAAAAUGUCCCCUUCAAAAGUUCGUUUAUACUACUAGCGCUCGGUAGGAUACCAUUGUAAUUAGAAUUGACAACCCGUUUAGCCUAGCGCCCCUAGCGGGUAUUGGCAGUAAUCCAGUUCAGGAAGCUAAUGGUCCUGGGUUCGAAUCCCGGAGAGGGAAUUUCUUUUUGUAUUAUUUUAUUUUUUGUUGGGGUCAGGAUUUU